GCAUAUUUUGAAAUAAUGAGAGAGAAAUUAUUAUUGAAUAACUGAUCCAUGUCAUGCAUCGCACAUUGUUCAACAUGACAACUAAAUGGAUCUUAUAUUAUACAAUAUAUAUGCACAUGGUUUUCUGCCUAUUUGAACAUUUUAUCCAACCAUCGAUUUCUACCACAAAUUCAGGCAGCUUGAUCUCGUGCUUCAUCAAUGGAAAAAAGGCUGGAAGGCAAAGUUGCCAUCAUCACCGGCGGUGCCAGCGGAAUCGGCGAGUCCGCGGCGAGGCUCUUCGUCCGCCACGGCGCCAAGGUGGUCGUGGCGGACGUGCAGGACGACCUCGGGCGAGCCGUGUGCCUCAGCAUCGGGCCCCCCGAGGUCGUCUCCUACGUCCACUGCAACGUGGCGGCCGAGGCCGACGUGGCGGGCGCCGUCGACCUCGCCGUCUCUCAGUACGGCAAGCUCGACAUCAUGUUCUCCAACGCCGCGAUCCCGGGCAAGAGCGAGGCCGGGAUCCUGGCCGCAGAGUACGAGGACGUGAGGCGUGUGCUCGACGUCAACGUGUUCGGCGCGUUCAUGUGCGCCAAGCACGCGGCGCGUGUGAUGGUACCGGCCGCGCGGGGGAGCAUCGUGUUCACCUCGAGCGUGGCCUCGGUCACCCACGGCGCGGUGCCCCAUGCCUACGUGGUGUCGAAGCACGCGCUCGUGGGGCUGACGAAGAACCUGUGCAUCGAGAUGGGGGCCCACGGGAUAAGGGUGAACUGCGUAUCCCCAUUCGGGGUCCCCACCCCGAUGCUCACGGGGGCACUCGGGAUGAAGGACAAGGCGGAGGUGGAGGAGUUCGUGGCGGGGAUUGCGAAUUUGAAGGGGGAAGUGGUCGGAGCCGAAGACGUGGCGGAGGCGGCAUUGUUCUUGGCUAGUGAUGAGGCAAAGUAUAUAAGUGGGCAGAAUAUUGUUGUUGAUGGAGGUUAUAGCUUGACGAAUGUUGCACUGCGUGAGGCUGUUAAAAAAUUGAAUAUUUCUUCAACAUAAACUCAUUGAGAUUUUACAUUGUAUUUCUCACUAUAAUAAAAGCAUUGAUAAUGUUGUUUUUCUUUC